UAUAUAUAUAUAUAUAUAUAUAUAUAUAGCUUCUAAUGUAUAUUUCAACUUAGAAAAUGGCUACUACUCUUUCUGAAGCAUAUAGAGAUCAUCCUCUUCACCUCCAUCAUAUUAUUCCAUUAGACUUUUCUUCAUUUAGAACUUUACCUGAUUCACAUGCAUGGCCUCAAUCUAAAGAUGAUAAUGAUCAUUUAACAUCCAAUGGAUCAUGCAUACCCAUCAUUGAUCUCAAUGAUCCUAAUGCAAUGGAACAAAUAGGCCUUGCAUGUGAGAAGUGGGGUGCCUUCCAAUUGAAGAACCAUGGAGUACCCUUAAAUUUAAUUGAAGAGGUUGAAGAAGAAGCAAAGAAACUCUUUUCUCUUCCUUCUAAAGAGAAAAUUAAGGCAUUAAGAUCGGCCGGCGGCGCAACCGGAUACGGCAGAGCUCGAAUAUCACCGUUCUUCCCUAAAUAUAUGUGGCAUGAAGGAUUCACAAUCAUGGGGUCACCGUCUAAUGAUGUCAAAAAGAUCUGGCCUAAUGACUACGAAUAUUUUUGUGACAUAAUGGAAGACUAUCAAAAGCAAAUGAAGACACUAGCAGAGAAAAUAACAAACAUAAUAUUCAACAUAUUAGGAAUUUCCAAAGAACAAAACAAAUGGGUUGGUUCAAACAACCAUUGUGAAGCACUUCAACUAAACUUCUACCCAUGUUGUCCAGAUCCAAAAAAAGCAAUGGGACUAGCUCCACACACAGACACAUCACUUUUCACAAUCCUCCAUCAAAGUCAAACAAGUGGACUUCAAAUAUUCAAAGAAGGUGUAGGGUAUGUUACUGUGGACCCUCAUCCAAAUACAUUAGUUGUUAACACUGGUGACAUUCUUCAUAUAUUGUCAAAUUCAAGGUUUCGAUGUUCUCUUCAUCGUGCUGUUGUGAAUGAUGUUAAGGAUAGAUAUUCUGUGGCUUAUUUUUAUGGACCUCCGGUUGAUUAUUUGGUUUCUCCUUUGGUUGUUGAUGGUUCUUUGCCACGGUUUCGAUCUUUGAGUGUUAAGGAUUAUAUUGGGAUUAAAGCCAAGAAUUUAGGAGGUGCUUUGUCUUUGAUUAGUACUUUACUUGAUCACGAUGACUAAUGUAA